GCAACAUGGACUGCGAUCCCUUCCCCUCCCAGUUGAUUCGGACUCAUUGGACUCGCCUUGAUGAUAAGAUUUUUGAGCAGGCCUUGAUCAUCUUCCCCGAGGAGAUGCCGGAUCGGUGGCUGAGUAUAGCCGAGCAGCUGCCGGGAAAGACGCCGGAGGACAUGAAGCUGCACUACGAGCUGCUGGUGGAGGACGUUACGAACAUUGAAAACGGCAACGUUGAGAUGCCCAGCUACCUGGAGGAGGCGUGGAGGCGGGAGACGGAGCCCAGAACGAGCCAUGACUCGGUUGGGAAGAAAACAAAGCAGGUUGAGAGAAAGAAAGGGACUCCAUGGACUGAAGUAGAACACAGAUUAUUUCUAUCGGGGCUUGUUAGAUUUGGAAAAGGCGAUUGGAGGAGCAUUUCAAGACAUGUGGUGAUAACAAGAACGCCAACCCAGGUUGCCAGCCAUGCCCAGAAGUUCUACCUCCGCCAAAAUUCUGUGAAGAAAGAGAGGAAGAGAUCCAGCAUCCAUGAUAUCAACACCAUCGACAAUUUCUCCCCCUCCGAUUUCCCCAAUAAUUUCUCAGGUCAACAAAAAGACGAAGUUAUUGACACCCUCGACAACUUUUCCGAUCUCCCCAAUAAUUUCCCAGAUCAACAACAAGUUCACCACUUCCCCAAUAACUUCCCAGAUCAACAAGCUCAAGAUAGCAACACUACCCUCAACAACUACCCCAACUAUCCCACAAAUUUCCCAGAUCAACAAGCUCAAGAUAUCAACAACACUGUCCUCGACAACUUCCCCACCAAUUUCCCAGACAAACAAGCUCAAAAUAUCAACACUACCCUCCAAAGCUUCCCCAACUAUCCUCCCAAUUUCCCAGAUCAACAAGUUCAACAUGCUCAAGGAGAGGGAAUAGGAUAUCCCACUAAUUUCCCAGAGUUGCAAUUGCAAACUUUUCCUCAACAAGGAGGGGGAGGGUUUCAAACUUUUACUCACCUUUUCUCAAGAUGAAUCUUGAAUGUUUUCUAUAUCACCAUAUAGAAAGCAGACUAUGUAGAAAGCAGCAGCAUAUCAUGAUUUAAUGCUUUAUCAUGGUUUUGGUUAUAUGCUUUCCCCUGUA